CCACGAUGGCCUCCCUCCUGCUGCCUUUACCUGCGCGAGCGCUGUUGCACCACGUUCCACGCCGCCAACGACUCCUUCACCACCCCCUCCCCCUCCGCCUCGUCCUCCAGCCAGUCCAAUGCCACUACCUCAGUCAACGACGGAAAGCGUCCACCUACACGAGCCCUCACCACGCCGCACAGCUGUCCGUCGUCCAGACGGCAGUAGACCCAUCCAGCAAUGCCUUCCGGGACAAUGCCGCCGCCAUGGCAGAAUACAUGCACACGCUGACGGCUCUCCAUGAGUCUGCCGCCAAGGGAGGGCCCGAGAAGUCGAGACAGAAGCACGUGGAGCGAGGGAAACUGCUGGUCAGAGACCGCAUCACUGCUCUGGUCGAUCCGGGCACGAGCUUCCUCGAGUUGAGUGCUCUCGCUGGCCAUGAGAUGUACCCUGGGGAAGACGUGCCGGGCGGCGGUAUUGUCACUGGUAUUGGGACUGUAGAAGGCGUACAAUGCAUGAUCCUGGCCAAUGAUAGCACUGUCAAGGGCGGCUCCUAUUACCCCAUCACUAUCAAAAAGCACUUGCGCGCUCAAGAAAUUGCCCAACAGAAUCGUCUGCCAUGUGUGUACCUCGUAGAUUCCGGUGGAGCAAACCUGCCACAUCAGGCCAACGUCUUCCCAGAUCGAGAUCACUUUGGCCGCUUUUUCUACAACCAAGCCAACAUGUCCGCUCAAGGGAUACCACAGAUCAGUGUGGUCAUGGGAUCAUGUACAGCGGGCGGCGCCUACGUGCCUAGCAUGUCCGACGAGAGCAUCAUUGUCAAAGGACAAGGCACCAUUUUCCUGGCAGGCCCGCCUCUCGUCAAAGCUGCCACGGGAGAAGAAGUCAGUGCCGAAGAUCUAGGAGGCGGGAAACUCCAUUCCGAAGUCUCGGGCGUGACAGACUACCUCGCAGAAGACGACACGCAUGCUCUCGUCCUCGCUCGAAGAAGCAUUGCCAACCUCAACUACCCCAAAUCCCCAAAUCCUGCUCGGAAAGAAACUUUCCAAGAACCUCUGUACGAUGUCGAGGAACUCGGAGGUAUAGUAGGCACCAAUCUCAAACAGUCGAUCAACAUGCACGAAGUCAUCGCACGCAUCGUGGAUGGCUCCGAAUUUUCCGAAUUUAAGCCCUCAUACGGCAAAACCCUCCUCACGGGCUUCGCCUCGAUCUAUGGGCACCCCGUGGGAAUCAUCGCCAACAACGGAAUCCUUUUUAGCGAGUCCUCCCUCAAAGGUGCCCAUUUUAUUCAACUCUGCUGUCAACGCCACAUCCCCUUGAUAUUCCUCCAAAACAUCUCCGGCUUCAUGGUCGGGCAAGACGCAGAAAAAGGAGGUAUAGCCAAGAAUGGUGCCAAACUCGUUACCGCAGUUGCUUGCGCACAAGUUCCCAAAUUUACUGUAUUGGUAGGUAGUUCGGCGGGCGCGGGCAAUUAUGGAAUGUGUGGGAGAGCUUACAGCCCGAAUUUCUUGUGGAGCUGGCCCUCGGCGAAGACGAGUGUCAUGGGUGCGGAACAGUUGUCCUCUGUCAUGGCUGCGGUGGGGAAGACGGUGGAUCCGGAACUGAAAAAGCGGAUUGAAAGGGAAAGUGAAGUUACCUUCGGAACUGCGAGGUUAUGGGAUGAUGGCGUGAUACCUCCCAGUCAUACUCGGAGGGUAUUGGGAAUGGGUUUACAGGCUGCUAUGACGGGGAGCGUGGAGAAAAAAGAGACGAAGUUUGGCGUGUUCAGGAUGUAAUACCCUUAUCGUAUCUUCUUAGCCAUUGCUUUCUUCCUUCUCCUGCUCCUCCUCCUGCUCCUGCUCCUUUACGCUUCUCUCCUCAGUACGUGCAAGAUCAAUCACUGGCAAUUCCGCCAUAUGCGUCUUCGCAGUUCCAUAUGGCACUAACCUCAACACCUCCUUUUCAGAAAUACAGUAUUUCUUUUCUUUCCCCACAGGCGGAUAACCGGGUACACUAUUCAAGUACAUGUCCCAAUUAAUCUUACACCCUUCUACUUCGAUAUACCCCGGCGCGGCGCCUGAUGUCCAGAUUGGAUUGGGAAGUUCAUCAGCAGCGGCAGCAGCAGCGACACCGCCCUUCAUCUUCUUCGCUUCCCAUGGCUGCGGUAAAACAUAUCUCAAAGAACUCGGAUCAAUGGCGUAGUUCCACGCACUCGUGUUGUGAAAUUCGUAAUCUCUGCAUUCUGCAGGUGCGUAAUCGGAUGCA